AUGUAUGUUGCACCAACAGCUAAGAUCGAUAUCAAUAUCUUCGAAGAAUUAUACAACAUCAGCAACAACUGCAUUAUCGUAGGUGAUCUCAACGCAACAUUAUCUGAAAUGGGAUCAACAAAAACAAAUGCAAGAGGAAAACAGCUGCAAGAACUACUAAAUGAAGGUAUUAUCGAUUGUGUCGACGAUGAUAGUACAACAUUUGAAAAAAAUGAAUAUGAAGCCAAAUUAGAUUGGAUACUAGGAAGUCAACAACUCCUAUUAUUCAUAGCAAAUGUUGAAACACACCCAACCAUCGGUACAAUAAAUGGACAUAAACCAUUAACAUUCGAUAUCCAAAUUGGAGCUGAACCAAAACCAACUUCUUCAAGAUUAUCACUUAAUUUUAAAGAAGCCAAAUGA